AAAUAGGAGCACAUGCAAAAUGCCGCGAAAAAUGAUUUGACGAAUGAUUUGUAUCACUUAUAGAAACGUGAUAAUUUUUGAAACACAAGGGAUUUAAAAAAAUGCAUCGUGCUGCACGAAUGAAGCGUGAGUUACAGAUGCUGCAAGACUCACCACCCUAUGGCAUAUCGUGUUGGAGUGUCGAGAACAGUAUCGACCACUUGGAAGCUCGUAUCCAUUUGAACCUCCCAAAGUUCACUUUGUUACACCAAUCCAUCAUCCCAAUAUUGAUACAGUUGGGAGGAUAUGUUUGGAUACACUGAAGAUGCCACCUAAGGGAGCUUGGAAACCAGCCUUAAACAUAUCCACAGUUCUCACAUCUGUACAACUGUUAAUGGCAGAACCUAACCCUGAGGAUCCACUCAUGACUGACAUUGCCAAUGAGUUCAAGUACAACAAGCCUUUGUUUAUAAGGAAUGCUAAGGAAUGGACUGCCAAAUAUGCUAAAGACUUGCUUGCAAAGGAUAAAGAAAACCAGUCUCAAUCAAUUAACCAAAAAGACCAAAUAUCACCAAAUGACAAUGGAACUAAAAGAAAAAUCCUUGCAGCAGACAGUGUAGCAGAUUAUAAAAAGACAAAAAAUUAACUUAUCUUAUAUUCUCCAUUGGAAGAAGUUCAAAACACAUUUUAUAUGGUGCUGCUUUGAUCCAAAACACUUGGGUAUUGAAAUAUGCGAGACUGCAAUUCUCAAGUGAUUUGUACACUCAGAAAUUCUGCAUAAGAGGUAUUAAGCAAUGUGUGCAAUGAGUGAAUAUUGCAGAAAAUAAACCAAAACCGGACUGCAUGGACAUUAUAGAAAACUACACAUCUAAUGCCACAUUCCCUAAUUGUAUUCCAGAAGAUCCUUUGUAUAGGAGGGAUUUCAGGUGGAGACACAUUAUUUAAACAUUUAUACAAAAGGACUGGAUUUUUAUUUUAUUUAUUUAUUAUUAUUAUUAUUUUUUUUUUGACACAUGCUUUUAUUCUGGGAAUUGUUUUAAUUUUGUUAUACUAUUGGACAUCAACACUUCUUUUGUUGUUGUAAAUAUAUAAUUUAUUUCUCUAUAUAAACAUAUAACUGUGAACAUAAUACUGGGAACAAUAAUAUGUUAAUGAGUAACCAUUCCAAAACCCAAGAAAUGUAUUCUGUAUGGCAUAUAUAUACAAAAGGAAGAAAAGAU